CUGCAGGUAGGGCGAAGGUAUAGUUUCUGACAGGUAUCGCGGAUUACAGGUAUGAUAAGUCUUUUCACUUUCGGUCGUUCGUCCUGAAUUGAAAUAGUUGGUUAUAGGGCUCAAAAUGGAUUUCACGCAAGAAGCUAUUAUCUCGCUGUUAAUAGAAGAAGGGGGGAAAUUAAAGAAUUCCGAGUUGCUGAGUAAAUUCAAAGAUUCCCUGAACUGCACUGAUCCCGCAGAGAAGAAACAGAACAGGGAUCUAUUCAAAAGGUUUGUGAACACUGUUGCUGUCGUGAAAGACAUUGAAGAUGUCAGGUAUAUUGUACUAAAGAAAAAAUAUCAGCAUUUGUUACAAGAAACAGAGGAUGUUCAUGUUCAAAAGUAUGAAAGUGAAGAGGUCCCCGAGCCAGGUGAACCCUCUGUAUGGAACAGCGAGCACAAUGCACAUUCUCAAGAUGGAGGAAGUGAGUCAAGUCCCGAAAAUGUCCAAGAACCUGUUAUUACAAGUGUCGGUGAAUGCGUCUCAAAUUACAGUGACAUGAUUUCACAUAUAGAGCUGACAUUAACAAAUGUGGAUUUCAAACCAAAAAGGUCCCUGAAUUUCAACAUAGACCAUACUUCUGUUGCGCAGAGAGAAUAUAUCCCCUCUGGGGGGGCUGUGUAUCCAGGGAAAACAAAGAACCCUAGUGUGCAGAAGCCAUUUGCACUGCCUUUACGAAUGCCUCCAAACUUGACCAGAAUAGAGAUCCAUAAACUCAAAUCUGAGGAUGAUGAAUGCUCUCCAAGGAGAGCUGGAUCCACUGACCAAGAUGCACACCGCUCUAGAACCAAGAGAAGACCAUCCUCUGGGAGUGUGGGUUUGAGCUCUCCGCUGCCAAGGAGGGCUGUCAAGAUCACCAAACCCUCCGAUGAGCCCAAGUACACAUCCACAGUCCCUCUGGAAGAGAAGGAGCACGAGUGGCUGGUGAGGUGUGCUGCUGGACACUGGAGACAGGUGUACGGCCUGCUCCUCAGAGACACUCAACUGGCAGAGAAGAAGGACUUCAUGUCUGGCUUCACAGCCCUUCACUGGGCAGCCAAGUGUGGCAACAGUGAGAUGGUGGGUAAGAUCAUCGACAUAUCCAGGCAAGGUGGAAUGGAUCUCGACGUCAAUGCCAGAACAUAUGGAGGGUACACGCCACUGCACAUUGCAGCUUUGCAUGACCAGGAGUUUGUGUUGGCCAUGCUGGUGCGUGAAUACGGAGCAGAUGUGAAUAUAAGGGACAAUUGUGGGAAGAAGCCAUAUCACUACCUGCACAAAGGGAUUUCUGCUGAGGUGAAGGAGCUACUUGGUGAUAUGGUCCAGCCCCAGGAAGUUAUCCAACCGGAAAGGGAGGAGCUAGAUAUCUUCCCAGAAUUCUCCAAAGGCUUGCAUACGAUAAGUCGCCUCUUCAAUCCCCAUGUGGAGAAAAAGAAAAAGCACAAGCAAAGACCCAGUUUCUAUUCGCUGGUUGACGACCCGAGGGAAGAGCGAGAUGAGAGUUCAUCCAAUCACAGAGACGACUCAGAUGCAUUUAAGUGACAUGAGUCUGAUGUGAACUAUGAUAAUAGACUUUGAUACGUUGCACAAAAUCAAUUUAGCUUUUUACUCUGAUAUAGAUACGAACAUAUGGGGUUAUGAGAGGAACAUUCAGUUGUGUUGAACUUAGUUUUAUAUAAAUUAACAAGAGCAAUCGUCAUAAUUUCAGUCCUCCUUUUUAAUCAAUCAAAUACUUUACCAGUAUGGGAGGUAUAGUAUCAAAUGUGCUACUCUGUGUGUCAUGUAAUUAAUAUAAUUUAUAAUGUAUCUAAUCGUGUGUCACAUCUGAUUUAAUAUUGAAUAAGUAAUGCAUGACUUCAUAUACUAGCUAAUGCCUUGAUUUAACAUCAAUUUCAACAGAUACUUGUUAAACAAAAUCUGUACAUGACCAUUUUAACAGCAGAUUAAGAAUCCAUGAACACAUUAUUGGAUGUGUCCCUGUACUAAAGCUGUAAAUAAGGUAUGAAGAUGGCUUCAUGUCUGGACAUUUACAAUGCCUUCACUCUCAGGGAUUGUCAUUUGUGUCAUAUUUUUAGAUGGAUUUUCUGUCUAAGAAACACAUUUGUGUGAAAAAGGUUGUUGUAGUACUGAAUAAUUGUGAAAGUGAACAAUACUAUGUGGCCUUACUGUUUAAGAUUUUUCUAGUAUGAAUGUGUUAUGAUGAGUGAAAAUUGAUACAUUGUGUGAAGGGUUGAUUUGGUGAAAUGCAAAUAUAUGCUAUGAAAUAUCUAUCUGUGAUUUUCAAAUCACAUGCAUCUUGUCUUUCUUCCAUGUCAUUGAUCUUAUACAAUACAUACUUUAGUAAUAAUGUAAGUUGUUAGUGUUAGAAAAAAAACGAUGUUUCAUAUACAGGGCCUUCAGAAGGUAUUCCCGCCCCUUUACUUUUUCUACAUUUUGUUGUUUUACAGCCUGAAUUUAAAAU